GAGAUGCAAGAUACAUUGGCUAGUAUGGAAGACUUCGACUUAGAAUUGGACAAUAUGGAAUUAGUUGCGGCCGCUGCCGGCUAUUACUAUUAUAACAGUAUAACUCGGCAACCUCGACAUGGUUCGUCGCCUUAUGGAAGUAGUUUUAUGUCUGAAGUGCUGGAUGGCCCUGAUGAUGGAUGCCGGGAAAUGUUUCGGAUGGAUAAACAUGUAUUCCACAAUCUAUGUGGCAUUCUCAGACAAAGAGGCAUGCUUCGUGAUACUGCAGGUGUUAUGAUAGAGGAGCAGCUGGCUAUUUUCUUGAACAUUAUUGUUUUUAGGUGGACUACGUUUUCCCAACAAUUCUAUCCAUAUUUCAAGGAUUGUAUCGGUGUCAUAGAUGCUAUGCAUGUUCCUGCACAUCUUUCAGCCAAGGACCAAUCACGAUUUCGUAAUAAGAAAGGUGUUUUGUCACAAAAUGUUUUGGCUGCUUGUACAUUUGACUUGCAGUUCAUAUUUAUUUAUCCGGGUUGGGAAGGCUCUGCUGCAGAUUCUCGUGUAUUAAGAGCAGUCCUUGAUGAUCCAGAUCAGAAUUUCCCUAUCAUACCUGAAGGAAAAUACUACAUAGUUGACACAGGAUACUCAAAUCUGGAAGGAUUUAUUGCUCCGUACCCAGGAGUUCGCUAUCACCUUCAUGAAUUUAGAGGUGCCAAUCAGCUGCCCAGAAAUCCGCAGGAACUAUUUAAUCACCGACAUUCUUCCCUUAGAAACACCAUUCAGGUGUCUUUCGAUGUGCUGAAAACGCGAUUUCCUAUUCUUAACGUUGCCCCUCAAUAUGGAUUUCAUGUCCAAAGGGACAUAGUUAUUGCUGCAUGCGUGUUACAUAAUUACAUCAGGCGCGAAGGGAAAGAUGAUUGGUUGUUUGCUAAUGUUGAUGGAGCGGCUGUGGCAGAAUUGCCAGAUAUUGAUGACGAGUCUGGUAUACAGCUGGCUUCCUCCAUUCAGGAUCACAUGGCUUUCUCAUUACGAGAAUCGAUUAUGGGGGCAAUGUGGAAUGACUUCAUAAACAAAUGGGAUCAAUGGUGAUUGGUGUUGGCUCACUCUCCCAGUCUGUGAAGAUGCUGUAUAGACUUAGGCAACUAAUUUUGACGCUUGAUAGGUGUAGUUUUGCUGAGUAAUGUAACUUUCAUGUGCUGAACUUGUAUAAAGUUUGAAUGGAUAAUCUGUUGCUUAGCUUCUGUACCAUUUGCAUGCAGAAAAUGCAUUAUUAUUUGUAGUGAAAACAGUUUUAAAAUCACAAA